UCGUCUUCGAUCCUUCCAACACUCUUCGCUGUCGUUUUCUACCGUCUUCAAUCCCGUGGAAGCUAGACGGAAACAGAAUUGACGGUCCAUCGGUGCUCAUAGCCAAACGUUACUGCGGACUAUCUUCAACAUGUCUUUUCUCGGUGGCGCGGAGUGUUCCACGGCGGGCAACCCGUUGACUCAGUUCACCAAGCACAUCCAAGAUGACAAGUCUCUUCAACGGGAUAGACUAGUUGGGCGAGGUCCCGGUGGGAUGCAGGAGAGCAUGCGAUCUGCGGGGAUGAUGGGUGGUCAAGAUCAGAUGAUGGACGAGUUUAUACAACAACCGGGCCAGGUGCCAGUGGCCCCUCCACAGCCUUUUGCAAUGGAACAACUGAGGCGGGAGUUGGACCAAUUCCAAACGGCCCCGCCGAGGACCGGGUCCCCGGGCUGGGCUGCGGAGUUUGAUCCUGGUGAGCAGGCACGUAUGGAGGCUGCCUUUGCUGGCCCGAAGGCGAAUAACGGGGCGGGGUUUUCUCCGGCAGAAUUUGCCCAUUUUCAAGAACAGAGCCGGGUGGGCAUGCCACAGACAUCGAGUCCCAUCACGGCCGGCCCAUCUCCGAUGAUGGCUGGCUACCAGCGUCCGCUCGGAAUGGGAUACAUGGGUAUGGGUGGAGUAGGCAUGAUGCACUCUUAUGGACCUAUGGGAAUGCAACAACCGGCUCAGACCGAGACCGCUGCACAGGAUAAAGGGAAAGGUCGUCUAGUCGAACUGGAUGAUGAAAACUGGGAGGCACAGUUUGCUGAGAUGGAGACGGCUGGCAACCGCGAGGUGGAUGCCGAGGCCAAUGCGGCCAUGGAAGCGGAGCUGAAUGAGCUAGACAGGUCAGUUCCUACUAUCACCAGCGCGACUAAUAAUCUCGAUUUUGGAACGUUUGAGAAUGUAUGGCGAAAAGUCGAAGCUGAGAUGGCUACGAACAGGAAACUGGCCGAAGAAAAUCCCGCCUUUGAUAUCAACGAAAAACUGCAUAUGGGAGAGCUCGGUGAAUGGGAUGGAUUUGACAGCCUCAAUACUCGACUACAGGAUCCCCAACUCGGAAACUACAUGUUCGAGGAAGAUAACGUAUUCCGCACCGUGAACAACCCGUUCGAAGAGGGAGUAAAGAUCAUGCGGGAUGGUGGAAACCUGUCCCUGGCAGCUUUGGCCUUCGAGGCUGCCGUGCAGAAGGAUCCCAAGCAUGUGGAGGCUUGGACGAUGUUGGGUCACGCCCAGGCGCAGAACGAGAAGGAGAUUCCUGCCAUUCGGGCUUUGGAACAAGCCCUGAAAAUCGAUCCUAAUAACCUCGAUGCUCUUAUGGGAUUGGCCGUUUCAUAUACAAACGAGGGAUACGAUUCUACUGCGUACCGCACACUCGAACGAUGGCUUUCUGUCAAAUAUCCCCAGAUCAUCGAUCCAAAGGACGUUUCGCCCGAUACAGACCUCGGAUUCACUGACCGUCAGUUACUACACGAGAGGGUUACGAAGCUUUUCAUCCAGGCGGCUCAACUUUCACCUUCUGGUGAACAUAUGGACCCUGAUGUGCAGGUCGGCCUGGGAGUUCUUUUCUACUGUGCAGAAGAGUACGACAAGGCGGUUGACUGUUUCUCAGCUGCACUGGCAUCCACUGAGUCGGGAACUUCGAACCAGCAAGACCAGAUUCACCUUCUAUGGAACCGUCUGGGUGCUACGCUGGCCAACUCCGGGCGCUCAGAGGAAGCCAUCGAGGCUUACGAGCAAGCGCUGAACAUCAACCCCAACUUUGUGCGGGCCCGGUAUAAUCUUGGUGUUUCCUGCAUCAACAUUGGGUGCUACCCCGAAGCGGCACAGCAUCUCCUGGGCGCCUUGUCCAUGCACCGGGUCGUUGAACAAGAAGGUCGGGAACGAGCGCGAGAAAUCAUCGGUGGCGACGGUGUUGAGAAUGAGCAACUAGAGCGCAUGCUCCACAUCUCCCAGAACCAGAGCACAAACCUGUACGACACGCUGCGGCGCGUAUUCAGCCAGAUGGGACGCAGGGACCUGGCCGACAUGGUGGUAGCGGGGAUGGAUGUGAAUGCUUUCCGGAAGGAGUUUGAAUUCUGAUAGAUGCUUUUAUUCGAAUGAUCUCGUUUCUUUUUAUUUAAUUUUUUUUACGCAUGGGGAGUCCUCUCCAUUUCAUCUGGCGACGGCGAAAAUAAGUUGUCAUUAUAUCGUCUGUGAUAGUAUGUAGCCGAAUACCAUUUACA